AUGAUCAAGGGAACAAUAAGCGUGACGGCACGUCGCUUGUCAAAAACAGACUUGGUGAUUUUCAGUAACGAAGAACAAGAACUUCGCGACCGAUAUACUCCGUUCAAUGUGCUUGAGCUUCAGAGGAUCGCCGCAAGAAGUGUUGACACGAUAGAAUGCACUGCGAUCGCAAAGCUGGCAGAAGGGUCCUUUAACAAGGCGUUCAGAUUGACCAUGGACAGCGCCAUGACUAUGAUCGCAAGAAUACCCCAUCCAAUCGCAGGACCCAAUUUCUAUACGACAGCUCCAGAGGUAGCUACAAUGGAAUUUGCUCGGACUGUUCUCGGCAUCCCAACUCCCGAGGUCUAUGCUUGGAGUGCGAACCGUGAAAAUCCCGUUGGUUCCGAAUACAUCAUCAUGCAGGAGGCUCCUGGUGUGAAGUUGGAAGAUGUAUGGUAUGGGAGUCUAUACUUCGCUACAGGCAACGUUUCUGGAGCUGUCGCCGCAGAGGUAAUCGGCGAUGUGCCUGCGGCAGUUAAGGAUAACGCUAAUUGGCGCUUUUCUAUUGGCCCAGUUGUAGCUAGGGAGUAUUGGAAUAAAGAACGCGCGAUGAUGAAACCUGAUCGUCGGUCUUACCCAAAUGACCGUUAUGAAGAUGCCGUUGUUUUGUUUACCGAGCUACGCGAGACUCGAUUGAGGACUAUGAUAGGCAAAGAAAGAGAGGAGUUCGAGCGGCAAACAGAGUGGAUUGAAACAUCCUUGGUUGUGAAAAAGCAUAUGGCCACAACAACUCACCACUAUUAUGGCCCUUCUUCAGACUACGAGGCAGAGGCAGAGGUGGCACCAGAUCGCAUUGAACAGCCCAGAACCGACACCUGA